AUUUAUUGCAAACAUCCAGAAUUUGGUCCCGGAAAAUUUGUAUAAAUACUGAGCCCGAUGCACCAAACUGCAUCACUCAGGUUUGAUUCAUUCAAAGAGUACACGUCUAAUUAUUAUAAAUAAAAUGAAGUUCAUCGUAGUUGCUUUAGCUUUAAUUGGUGCUGCAGUUGCCCUCCCACCACCAGGACAUAUUGGUCUAGUUCAGGUGGCUCCGGCGCAUGGAACACUUCUUCACGGAGGUCUAUUGGGUCAUGCUCCAGGUGCGGUGGUUGUUGCACCAGCACAUGGGAUUAUAAAUCCCCAUCAUGAAGCCGCAAUUGGAUCAGCUUACCAUACCGGAUACCAACAUGGUCUCACUUCCAGCCAUAAUAUUGCCAUCCCUGUUCAUGGAGGACAUCAUGGCGUUUUACCAGCGAUUCCAACGCAUCAUGGGAAAUAAAUUAUGGAAACCUGUACGGAUUAUUUCACCAGUGUGAACAAUCAAUGGCGACAAAAUAAAUGAAUAAUUUCAAAAGCAA